AACGUGGACGACGUUAUACGGGUCGUAAGAAUGAAAGAAAUUAUCAGUGAUGGAUAAUAAUACCGAUGCUUUAAACAGCUCCCUGGUCGCGGUGGAAAGCUUGAUAUAAUACUGCAUGUUUCCCCACGAACUCGAAUUUUAGACGGACGCACAUUCUUCCUACUGUGACGUGGGAAGCUGUUGAUGAUGGCUGACGCUAAAGUAGAGGUAUCAUCGGAUACGUCUAAUCUCAUUCAGAGUGGAAGCAAUGCGGCACCUCAGCCCAAUAACCCCCUGUCUAGGAAGCUCAAUAAGAUCCUGGAAACCAGGCUAGACAAUGACAAGGAGAUGCUGGAAGCUUUGAAGGCGCUGUCGGCCUUCUUCACCGAGAACACGCUUCGGACACGCAGGAACCUCCGCGGCGACAUCGAGAGACGCAGCCUGUCCAUCAAUGAGGAGUUCGUCCGGAUAUUUAAGGAUGUCAAGCAGGAACUUGAGAGUGUGCAAGAGGAUGUUCAGGCCAUGAGCACGUGCUGUGAGGAGAUGACCAACAGGCUUAAGGCGGCCAAGGACCAGACACAGGACCUGAUCGUGAAAACCAAUGAGCUGCAAGCCGAAAAUCACCGGCUAGAGAUUCGCUCGCAGGUCGCCCAGGUGUUCCUCUCCAAAUUCCAGCUGUCGAGCGAGGAGAUGGCUACCCUGCGCGGGGCGCGGGACGGCCCUGUCACAGAGGACUUCUUCAGGGCUUUGAGGAGGGUGAAGAACAUCCAUGAGGACGUGAAGAUUUUGCUGCGGACCAACCAGCAGACCGCCGGCUUGGAGAUCAUGGAGCAGAUGGCGGUGUUGCAGGAGACGUCCUACGAGCAGCUGUACCGCUGGGCACAGAAUGAGUGUCGUGGACUGACCCAGGAGACAUGUGACAUCACCCCAGUGCUGAGCCAGGCUAUGGAAGCCCUGCAGGACAGACCCAUCCUUUACAAGUAUACUCUGGAUGAGUUCGGGACAGCCCGGAGAUCUGCGGUGGUCCGGGGGUUUAUCGAUGCCCUUACACGGGGGGGGGCAGGAGGAACCCCGCGUCCCAUAGAGAUGCAUUCCCAUGAUCCUCUGAGGUAUGUGGGUGACAUGCUAGCCUGGCUUCACCAGGCCACCGCCUCGGAGAGGGAACACCUGGAGGCCCUUCUAAAGCAGGUCACCAUGCCAGGUGUGGAGGAGAACAUGCAAGAAGUGGUGGGCCAUAUCACUGAAGGAGUCUGCAGACCUCUCAAGGUGCGUAUAGAGCAGGUCGUCAUUGCAGAGCCGGGUCCAGUGCUGCUGUAUAAGCUGUCCAACCUGCUUAAGUUCUACCACCACACCAUCAGCGGGAUCAUCGGCACGGCCAUGGCCACGCUGCUCAUCACAGUAGAGGAGAUGCACGUCCUCAGCAAGAAGAUGUUCUUCAACAGCCUGAGUCUGCAUGCCAGCCGGCUCAUGGACAAGGUGGAGCUGCCGCCCCCGGACCUGGGUCCCACUGGCUCACUCAACCAGACGCUGUCCCUGCUCAGGGAGGUGCUGGCUUCCCAUGACUCCUCGGUGGUGCCCCUGGACGCCCGCCAGGCUGACUUUGCCCAGGUGCUGUCCUGCAUCCUGGACCCGCUCCUGCAGCUUUGCACGGUCUCGGCCAGCAACCUGGGUCCGGCCGACAUGGCCACUUACAUGGUGAACUCACUGUACAUGAUGAAGACCUCGCUGGCGCUCUUCGAGUUCACCGACAAGCGGCUGGAGAUGCUCGAGUUUCAGAUUGAGGCGCACCUGGACACCCUGAUCAACGAGCAGGCCUCCUACGUGCUGACGCGGGCAGGCCUCAGCUACAUUUACAACUGCGUGCAGCAGCACGGGAAGGAGCAGGGUCCUCUGUCCAACAUCCCUGGGAUGGACAGCUCAUCACUGAAGGCAGCUAUGGUGCAGUUUGACCGUUACUUGGCUUCUCCUGACACCCUGCUAAUGCCCCAGCUCAACUUCCUGCUUAGUGCAGCAAUGAAGGAGCAGAUCUUCCGGCAGUCCACAGAGCUGGUCUGCCGGGCCUAUGGCGACGUGUACAGUGCUGUCACCGACCCGGCUAGCAGCUACAAGGACCCAGAGAGCGUCUUGCACCGAACCACACAGCAGGUGCAGACCCUGCUCUCCUGAGGAGCCCUGGCGCCCCCUGCUGUCCAUGCCUGUUCCCCUUACAGGUCCCCCAGUGUAGAACUGGCCAAGGCGAAGACCAGCACCUAACCAUGCUUUAUUUUGUGAAUACAUUGAACCUGGUGUUGGGCCUUGAUUUGUUCUAAUAAGACUACAGACCUUUCCUAAGAUCUCUGAGGAAUCUGGGAUGACUGGCGUGUGUUUGGGACUUUUUACUGUUCUUACCCGCAUUGUGAUUUGCCCCCCAUCACUCACUAAAAAUGAUGAGGCAGUCACUGUAGCUGGUUAAUCACGCCUUACUGGCUGAAGCUGAUGGUGACGGCAAGCCCAGAUCCAGAACCACACUGCCGCCGAGACUCUGAUCAGGAACAGAUCUGUUUUUCCUUAAGCGUUUUGAGAAACGCCUAUAACCAUCGAAAUGCCAUGUAAGUUUGUCCCCCCAUGGCUCCACCCCCUUCAGAGAGGCCUGGUCAGGGGAGAGCUGGCUGCACUGCGGUACCCAAUGCCACUUUAAUGUCAGGCCCCAACGUGCCAGUUACACCAUCCCAGUUGACUGGGAGAUGCCCUCCAGUGGCCUUCUGGCUGGUAUAUUUAUGGAGAAUAGCCAGUAUCAGUCAUAUAGAUUCUCCAGUUCUUUGUAGAUGAAUAGCAGCCAGAACUGUGGGCGGCGACACCUGCCGAUGUGACUGAAGCAGUUUGUGCCGUCGGUCUGCAUCGGGUGCCUCUAUGACCAACAGCUGUCUCCAUCCAGCGCUAACAUCUGAGGGUUUUUUCUUUAUUAAAAUAAUCGUUUGAUGCAGUCCUCACACUUCCGGUGGCUUUUUACUCCAAAUCAUAUAAUAAAGUGUAAACGUGA